GUCCUCAGAGCACACAUAUUGCCACUGACAAAUGUUGCUUUCAAUAAAUCUGGCUCCAGUUUCAUCACAGGAAGCUAUGACAGAACGUGCAAAGUUUGGGAUACCAGCUCUGGGGAAGAGAUCCACACACUGGAUGGUCAUAAGAAUGUGGUGUAUGCCAUCUGCUUCAACAACCCAUAUGGCGACAAGAUUGUGACUGGCUCAUUUGAUAAGACUUGCAGAAUCUGGAGCGCUGAAAGCGGCAAAUGUUACAAUAUUUAUAAAGGUCAUACGGCUGAAAUUGUUUGUGUCAGUUUCAAUCCACAAAGUACAUCCAUUGCAACAGGCAGCAUGGACACUACUUGUCGCAUCUGGGAUGUGGAGAAGGGAGUGGAGUUAUCAGCGUUGACAGGCCAUGCCGGUGAGAUUAUCUCAUUAUCAUUUAGCCAGACUGGUUCUGAACUGCUAACAGCAUCAUUUGAUCACACAGUCUCUCUUUGGGAUAUGCGAUCUUACAAGCGCAUUCAUACACUGAUAGGCCACAAGGCCGAGAUCAGCAGUGCCCAGUUUAACUGGGACUGCUCCCUGAUAGCAUCCGGGUCAAUGGAUGGCACAUGUAAACUCUGGGACAGGGCUUCAGGGAGAUGUAUAGCCACGCUCAGAGGUCACACUGACGAGAUUCUAGAUGUGGGAUUUGACUGCACAGGGCAGAGAGUGCUGACGGCUUCAGCAGACAACACAGCCAUGUGUUACAGCGCAAGCACCAACCAGCUGCUGUCCAAGUUUCUGGGUCAUGAAGGGGAGAUAUCCAAGAUCACAUUCAACCCCCAAGGCACUCUGGUGAUGACAGCCAGUGCAGACAAGACGGCUCGGCUAUGGGACCCUGAAACUGGAGACUGCAAGCAGGUCCUUGAAGGACAUACAGAUGAGAUCUUUAGUUGUGCUUUCAAUUAUGAGGGCAACACAAUCAUUACUGGUAGCAAAGACAACACGUGUCGCGUCUGGCGAUGA